CAGUCGGAGCAGCGUCUCUGUCGUGUCAGCCGCGUACUUUAGCUCACGAGUGCACCGCGCCGGUAGACCAGUGAUCAGUGACUGUACUGCCGCUGUUCGGAUGGUAGAGUUUAUUUUGUGUGUGAUCGAGUUUCGAUGAAGGCUCAAAUGGAUCCUGCAGAUCGCCAUCUCGCGGACGAGUACGUGGAGGAGUUCGUCCUCGACCACUUGGAGGCAGUCUCCGUGAAGCGAGAGACCAACAACAACAACACCGAGGAAGACACGAGGGACAUGAGGCCCCAGAGGUUGCCGCCUAUGCCGAUCUGUGGAGGAAGUGUUCUUCCGUCACCGCCACAGCUUCUGACCCCGCCCGCCCACCAGGCAGAGGACCACCACCACUUUAACCACAACCACAACCACGGCCACGGGGCCGUGUACCACCAACAGCAGUUCAGCCAGAACGUGGUCCACCACAUCCAGCACCACGCGCAGAACAUGGUGGUGCACACCCAGAACGGCGUGGUGGUCAGCGCCAUCAAGCACCAGAACAGUCUCGUGAUGUACCCCAACACCCCGGGCACCCCACCGGACACUCCGCCGAUCAGCAUCUCCCCCAACGUAUCCGCCUCCCCACCGUCGCACUUCCACAUAGGCCAGCCGCAUUCCCACAUCCAGCACGUGCACCACGGCAAGCCCCCCGGGGGCCUCAUGGAAGACAUGGUGUGGCUGACGCAAUCGCUGCGUCAGGAGCCCUUAGACCUCCGACCCAACUGCAACGAGAUAGAAGACGCUCAGAGCUGGCCGGUGCAGCAUCCCACCAUGAACCACAAGAGGAUGCCUCAGGAGUACUUGCAGCAGCACGAGGAGGACAUGUGCGUGCUGCGCCCGGUGAGCGUCAGCAGCGGCGUCACCUCCCCGCUCAGCGGAUCCGGCAGACUGCACCACCACGGGGGCGAGCCGGACAUCAUCAGCGACGACCUGCUGACCCAUCUCACUGUCCGAGAGCUCAACAAGCGCCUGCACGGGCUACCCAGAGAGGACGUGGUGCGGCUGAAGCAGAAGAGGAGGACGCUGAAGAAUCGUGGAUACGCCCAGAACUGCCGCAGCAAGAGGCUCGUCCAGAGACACGAACUGGAACUCAACAACCGCCAACUGCAAGGCGAGAUCCACAGACUCCAGAUGGAAGUGAACCGCCUCUGCCACGACAGGGACAUGUACAAACACCGCUACGAGGUUCUGCAGGGACAGCUGAGGGUGGAUGGUAGUGACGGGGUGCCCAGCGCCGGACAUAGCAACCCGUCCUCACCCGAGCUCUUCUGACGCCACCGCCGGGCGGUUUGGAGUUGAGGAUUCUACAGGUCAGCAAACUCCACGUCCAGGACCUAGCUGACCAAGACUUUUCCGAACCGGGCUAUGUAAAUAUUUCUCUCAUUCAAUAUACUGUAAGCAGUUUUUACUCUCGAGUCAAGGACAGAAGUAAAGUUUAUAUCCCUUGAGUAAAAAUCAGAUAGUUGUAAACAGUCUUAAAAAUCAAUACCAAAGUUCUAUUACCGGUAUUCAACUGCAUGACUUUGUAUGUAAUGUAAAUAGGUGUACAGAUAUUCAUCUAAUGAUUCAUUAGCAAUAGCGAUUUUAUACGUUAAUUAGUUUUAAUUGAUUUGGAAACGAUACUUUGAGUAUUUUUUCAUGACUUUUGGUCCUUGAAAGGAAUAUUUUAGGUCCCUCUGUUCUGUCGUACCGGUUCCCGAGCAUUUAUUAUAUGUUACGUUUAGGAAGAGAGCAGUUCGCGAUGUUUGACAAUACGGGAUGCGUCCGCUUGCGAAAGAUGUAAACAGGCGCAAGGUUAUGCUACAACAUUCCAGUAAUGUUUUGUCUUUUCUUCAACAAGUAGUCCAUCCUAAUCGGGUCAUAGACUUUGGGCUCGAACUAGAAUAUUGCAUUUUCACAGUUGUAAUUUAUCUUUAGUGAAAUAUAGGCUCUUUUCUGCGGAUAUUAUAAGUUUGUUAAACAUUAAACAUGAAUAUUUCUAAACAUCUCAAAGAAUGAAGCAGUUACUUAAAAGGACUUUUCGAAAGAUGAAAAAGAAUACGUCUGUUAGCGAGCUCUAACGCCUAUUAUAGAAUCACUAGUAAAAAUGAACUAUUUCAGGUCUAAUUUCAAGUAAUGAAUCAUUUUAAACAAACAGUGAGAGUAUUAAUCUAUAAACUAAUAAAAAUGUUGUUACAAAGUAAAACUCAAAGCUCUGUAUAGUAUAUUAAAAAUAUUAACAGAAAAGCGUCAAUUUGAAUUUUAUUUACAGAUCGUGUAAACCCUCAUUGUUAAUUUAUAUACUAAAGUAAAAUACGCUUUUAUUUCACUUAGUCAUCUCGAAAAAUAAAUUGGUACAAUUUUCGUUUAAAUAAAUUGUAAUUAUUACUCUCACUCCAUAUUUUAGCUCUUCCAAUGUUCAUUUUAAUUAGUGCUUGAUUUUAUGUAUAAUUUCAGAUUUAAACUUAGUAUUGAGUUAAACUCGUUUAUUAUUUUUUAGUUUAGUGUAUUGUUUUCACUAUAAGUGAACUUGUUAGUGUAUAUUUUAUAGUUUAUAUUUUAUUUACUUAUGACUUAGCUUUAUGGUUACGUUAUGGUAAACCUAUUCCAAUAAUUUGAAUAUUUAAAUUAAAGACUUUUUUUAUUAUUUUAUCGAAGGAAUGAAUACCAUCUCCAAUAUUACAGGGAAAAUAAACAAAUUUGGAUUUAAUCUUCCAGUUUUAUUUUAAUAAUCUUGUACAGUUACAUAGAUUUAAUAUUUUCAAGAAGUAUAGUUAGAGUUACCAUUUUGUUACCACGUCAAGUAUGAAUUAAAGUACUGUUUUGAUUA